GAAAGAAGCAUCUCUGAAGAAAUUUUGCAGAGCACAAAAGGGGAUUUAUGGAGUGCAACAACUAUUCCUGAGUUCAAUUAAACUAUGACGCCAGAAAACUCCCACCCAGAAGAAUACAGGAUUGCAUCACUGGUCUUCUACAGCUUUGUGCUCACAGUGGGAUUGCUGGUGAAUGCCACUGCACUGUGGGUGUUCAGCUGCACUACCAAGAAGAGAACCACUAUAACUGUAUACAUGAUGAACGUCGCAUUGCUUGACCUGGUUUUUAUCUUCUCCCUGCCCUUCCGGAUAAUCUACCACGGGACGGAAGCGUGGCCUUUUGGAGAUACCUUCUGCCGGAUCCUCGGGGCUUUCACCGUGUUUUACCCAGCCCUUGCUCUGUGGCUGCUCGCUUUCAUCAGCGUAGACAGAUUCAUGGCUAUUGUCCAGCCCAAACAUGUCAAAGAACUCAAAAAUACAAAAAAAGCUGUGCUGGCUUGCGCUGGAAUCUGGAUAAUGACCCUCUCAACAACAUCCCCGUUGGUGUUUUUACGAUCUGAUCCAGACCAAGCCUCAAAUUUCACCACCUGCAUGAAAAUGCUUGAUAUCAUCCAUUUAAAGGAAGUAAAUACACUGAAUUUUUGUCGCUUGAUUUUUUUCUUUCUGAUCCCCUUGUUUAUCAUGAUGGGGUGUUACCUAGUCAUUAUUUAUAAUUUUAUUCAUGGCAAGACUUCCAAACUGAAGCCUAAGGCCAAGGAGAGAUCCAUAAGAAUUAUAGUUACUCUGAUUGCUCAGGUACUCAUCUGCUUUGUACCCUUCCACAUCUGCUUUGCCUUCCUGAUGCUGCAAGAUGAAAAUACAAGUUACAAUCCCUGGGCAGCCUUCACCACCUUCCUCAUGAAUCUCAGCACAUGCUUGGAUGUUAUACUGUACUACAUUGUUUCCAAACAAUUCCAGGCAAGAGUCAUCAGCGUGAUCCUUUAUCGCAAUUACCUUCGGAGCGUGCGCAGGAAAAGUUUUCGAACUGGAAGUGUCAGAUCACUCAAUAAUAUUAACAGUGAAAUGAUAUAAAAAGAGGAAAAAUGUCAGGGGACUUUUACAAUGCAAACAAGGGAUUCUUUUUCCAAAUUCUAGCACUCAGCUACGCAGAAGGAUGUUCGAUAACCAAAGGUAACAGCUAUAUUUGUGCAUUGUAAAUGUGACAGAAGCAGAAUAAUAAUUGCACUUCUUUUUAUUUGCUCAACAUCUUUUGUUGUUUCACCUGAAAUGAACUAAAACCUAGCACCAGUGUUAAACUUUCCAAUGCUUUUAUCACCUCAAACGACUGUGAAUAUUGUCAGAUGUGAAAGAGACUAUUAAUAUAAUAAAGUAGACAACACU